AUGGUUUCUUCUUCAGAACCUGUUGCAAAGGAGGUGAACAAAAGACACUUGAAUGUGGUAUUCAUCGGUCAUGUUGAUGCUGGAAAGUCUAGCAUUGCAGGCCAGAUACUAUACCUCAGUGGCCAAGUUGAUGAGCGCACAAUCCAAAAGUGCCAGAAAGAUGCCAAAGCUAAUGGUAGAGAGAGUUGGUUUAUGGCAUACAUUAUGGAUGUUAAUGAAGAGGAGAGGGCGAAGGGGAUAACAGUUGAAGUUGCACAGGCAGAUUUUGAGACCGAAACUACACGAUUUACAAUACUGGAUGCACCGGGCCAUAAAAGUUAUGUACCGAAUAUGAUUAGUGGUACUUCUCAAGCAGAUAUCGGUGUCCUGGUCAUAUCUGCUCGAAAAGGAGAAUUCGAAAGUGGCUUUCAGGGAGGUGGGCAAACCUGUGAACAUAUUCAACUUGCAAAGACUUUAGGCAUUUCGAAGCUGCUUGUUGUUGUCAACAAAAUGGAUGAUAAGACUGUUAACUGGUCAAAAAAGAGGUAUGAUGAAAUUGAGUCAGAAAUGGUUCCGUUCUUAAAGUUUUCAGGCUACAAUGUGAAGAAAGAUAUUCAGUUUCUUCCAAUAUCUGGUCUUCGUGGUACCAACAUGAAAACUAGAAUGGACAAAAAGGUAUGUCCGUGGUGGGAUGGUCAAUGUCUCUUUGAAGCACUUGACGUUAUCGAUGUUCCACCACGUGAUCUAAAUGGUCCAUUCAGAAUGCCAAUAUUUGACAAGUAUAAAGACAUGGGGGCGGUUGUUAUGGGAGAAGUAGAAUCUGGCAGUGUACAUGAGGGUGAUAAUCUGCUGGUUAUGCCGAACAAGGUCAAGGUAAAAGUUGUUGCUAUAUUUUUUAACGAGGAGAAAGUCAAGGACAAAGUUAACAGUGCCGGACUUGGUGAAAAUCUAAGAAUUCGUAUAAUAGGGAUUGAAGAAGAAGACAUACGCCCGGGCUUUGUGCUUUGCAGUAUUGAAAAACCGAUACCAGUAGUAAAUGAGUUUGUCGCCCAGAUGAAAAUUCUUGGAUUGGUGGACAAUACUCUAUUGGCUGCUGGUUACAAUGCUAAUUUGCACAUUCAUUCUGUUCUCGAGAAUUGUGAGAUCAUGGAAUUAUUCACGCAGAAGAUUGAUCCUAAAACUGGGAAACCGGUUGAUCCCAUGAAAAAGAAGGUUGUCUUUGUGAAGAUUGGUGAUGUUGUUAUGUGUCGUAUUAAGGUGACUAAUAUGAUAUGUAUCGAGAAGUUCUCAGAUUUCCAACAGCUUGGUCGGUUUUCUCUUCGAUCAAACGACAAAACCAUUGCAAUUGGAAAAGUUACAGAUAUUCAUGCAUAA